AUGUGCAAGCAUGGCCUCCAGCUUGUCGAAAGCCGGCUCUCCAAGACCAAUAGGAACAUUUCGUAUCACACAGGUCACAAUACCUCCCACAGAGUCGUUUCUUUCUUUGCAAUCAACAACAAGACGGGUCAUCUCGUCGGCCUUUUCGAGAAUAGGACAGCGAAUAGGUCCAGAUUGGUCAACCUUCUCUCUGGUAAUAGUCGACAACAGCUCCAUAAACUCUGGAUUCUGAACAGAACGGUCAAUCUGGCAUUCUCCAACACCAGAAACAAAUGCAACAAUCUCAACAUCGUUAACUUGUUUCAAAAACUUCUCAGCAAUGGCCCCCGCAGCAACACGGCCAAUCGUCUCUCUGGCAGAAGAUCUUCCUCCUCCAGAAGAAGCCUUCACUCCGUAUUUAGAAAGAUAGGUGAAAUCCGCAUGCGAUGGUCUUGGGAAAACAUCCAUCUCAGUGUAAUCUUUUGGUCUUUGAUCCUCGUUCUUCACAACCAUCGCAAUAGGAGUACCCAAAGUCUUGCCAAACUCCGUUCCAGAUUGAAUCUCAACUCUGUCCUUUUCGUUUCUUGGAGUAGUCAACUUGGACUGGCCAGGACGUCUUCUCGACAACUGAGGUUGGACGUCCUCCUCAGUAAGACUCAUGUUUGGUGGUACUCCGUCCACAAUACAUCCAACCGAGCGGCAGUGCGACUCACCGUAGGUGGUCACUUUGAAAAUGGUUCCAAAUGA